CCGUUUCCGGUUGGUUGUUGUUCGGCUCAAUCCGGCGUCCGGUAGGCCGGCGCGUAGGAGAGGGAAGCAAGUGGAAGGCGGAAUUAGAACGAGUUUGUCCCGGGCCGCCCUGGGGUCUGCUUAGAGAGGCCUACGCCGCUCACUUCCGCCGCGGCCUCGGGGCCUCCCGGAACGGCCAGGUCCAGAGGCCGCCCCGGCGAAAUAUCCUAAGGGCGCUUCCGCGGGGUCGUUUAGGUUUCAUCCUGUGCACCCCUCUUCAAAAGCCUCCAGAGCAGCCUUCGUGAUUUUUCUUCGAGAGGUGUUCUAAGGACCCUUUUGCCUUCCUGAGGAAAAGAUAGAGGCAGAAAGGAUAAUGGCUGAGUGUUUGAGAAGUUGUUCUGAGGACUCAGUGACCUUUGCUGAUGUAGCUGUGGACUUCACCCAGGAAGAAUGGACUUUACUGGACCCCAUUCAGAGAAAGGUAUACAGAGAUGUGAUGCUGGAGAACUACAAGAACCUGACCACAGCAGGGUAUCAGUCAUUGAAACCCACUCUGAUCUCUUGGUCAGAACAAGAAGAUGAUUUGAGGACAGUGGAAAGAAGAGGAGUCCUCCAAGGCUCAGCAAUUCAGCAGGAUAAUCUUGGGGGAGAAACAUCUGUUGGGAUGGAAACAGUAACAUUGGGUCAGGGUCAAGCAUGGGAUGAGUGGAGAGGAAGUGAGAUUUCAUCUACUAAUGUGAGACACCCUGAUUUCCUGACCUUUGUGGGAGAACAACACCCCGAUGCCUGUGGAGGACAUUCAACCUCAGGCCUUGCAGGAAGAGGGUUGGCCUCAUUCUGCUGCUUCGACUCCUAGUGAUAGUGUCAUCAACAAGUGUCUACUGAGAUCCACGAAGCAGAUUUCGUCCCAACUCUUGUUCUUUAGUGGUUGACAAGGUGCCAUUUUCAUGUGAAAAUUCUCCAAAAGCCAAGUUGAUGUGUGAACCAGGAGCUUGCUGAAGACCCUCCUCCGUGCAUCGCUCUUGCCCCUGCUCAUCAUGUUCUACAUGUGAAUACAAGGCUCUGAUCCCUUUUUUUCUCAGAAUUGAGAAAUGCAGUGAGGAACGUGGAAAGAUGAGAUCAUCUCUCCCAUUGAGACAACAAGCAGGCUUGGUUACUAUUGCAAAGAAACAAAUAAAUUCCACAACCUCAGCAUUGCUCUCCUGUAAGACAACCCAAUGUAGUGCAGACUCCACAUGGGCCCUCUGUGUCACCCCUGAGAGACUCAGGGACAAAGGGAACCAAUACAAACAGGCUAACUUUCCUUGGAGGAGGGGAAUAAUCAAGUCACUGGUCCAACAGUUUUGGUGAUGGAGAUGUGGCUUCCUGGAAGAGGCAGAACAGUAGUGGCCAGGCUGGGUGGAAAGACAGAGAAGUAUCUGGAAUCCAGUAAUGAAAGCUCUUCCCCAGACAUUUGCCCAUGUUUGGUGCAAGAAGAGAGAACAAGGAUCCCUGCUGUCCUACUUCUUAAUGAGGCUCAACAGUAAGUGUAUCAGUAGUUAUAUCAGUUUGCUUUUCCUUAAUUUCUCAAUCUUAUACUACCAUUAAUUUUUAAUUUAUUUUUUGGCUGCAUUGGGUCUUUGUUGCUGCGCUCAGGCUUUCUCUAGUUGCAGCAAGUGGGGGCU